UGCACACACAGUUGAUGAAGCCGGCGGCGGUAUCAUGCGUGUUUUGCCCGAGCCGAGCGCGCAAUCAUUGCGGCUGGUGUUCCUAUUCAUCUUCGUCAUGGAUGUAGCACCGUCCCCGGCUCUCACCGCCGGCUGCCCGGACCGCUGCGUGUGCGACGACCAAUUGGUGGUCCAGUGCGCAGGGCAAGAGUUGACCAUCUUCCCCGUGGACCUCCCGCUGGCCACCCGGCAGCUUAUCAUCUCCAACAACCGGAUCGGUGACCUGCCAGCGCUCCAGCUCAACUACCUGUCGGAUCUGGUGUACCUGGACUGCAGCAACAACACGUUGAAGGAGAUCUCCGAGUCCACCUUUGGCAACCUACGAAAGCUCGCUUACCUGGAUCUGUCUUUUAACAACCUGAUGCAGAUCGAGGACCGGACGUUUGGGCCGCUGGCCAGUCUGGUCAUGCUUAGGAUGACGGAUAACCCGGGGCUGUCGGAGAUCCACCCGGAGGCGUUCGCGGAGAACGCGGCGCUGCAGGUGCUGGACGUGAGCCGCAACAACCUGACGGCGCUGAACAUCAGCUCGCUGAUCACCCUGCCAGCGCUGCGCUCUCUGGGACUCAGCGGAAACCCCUGGGGAUGCGACUGCGACAUCGAGGACCUCUGUCUGUGGAUCCAGAUAGAAGGGUUCAAGUUCCAAGAUGAGGGGCAGACUGUGUGCCAGGGGCCUCCGGACAUGUUGGGUCAACAUCUAGCAGAGGUGGGAAUGCAGCUGCGAUCGGAGUGCCACCAAGGUCUGGGUUAUUGGGACUACCUUUUCUUCAUUGCCAUUGGCUUCAUCAUAUUCAGCGCCGGGACGGUGUCAGCAUGGGUAAUGGGAGUGCUUAUGGUUCUCUAUGAGCGAUACAGCAAGAGGAAGAGUGAGGAGCUAGACAGUGAGGAUGAGGAGACGGCCACCCGAGGAGGAGGAGAAGGGGGUAACCACGGCAAUGGGGACCUGAAAAAACCAGGCAUGCAGGUGUGACCACAGGAUGGAGCAAUGCUGGGAAAACCUUGAUGACACAUGCCUGGAACAGAAAGCGAGUGGACAGAGUCGCAAAGGAUUCUGGCAAUCUAAGCUUUCGUUAUCUAUAGAGGUUUU